AUGACUAACAAGGACAUCGAGUACGAGACAACAGACGUCGUCAUCUGCGGCUGCGGACCCACGGGCGCAAUGCUCUCGGGCUAUCUAAGCCGCAUGGGCGUGAGACACAUCGUCCUUGAAAAAGAGAGCGCGAUCACGACUGACCCGCGAGGGAUUGCGCUGGAUGAAGACGGGAUUCGGCUGCUUCAGGGGGUUGGGAUCUAUAAGCAGGUCUAUAGCGAGAUUGGGACGUGUAUGCAGCUGUUCAAGUUCAUCGGUGGGACACGGCCGGACUUGCACCGGGAUGCGUUUCUGGAGAUGGAUUACGCUACGACCGAAGGCGGCACAGGCCACGUCGGUUUCAUCUGCCACAAGCAGCCGGUCCUUGAGCGACAUCUGCGCGCGGCCAUGGCCUCCGAGUUCAGUCAACUCCGGUCGAAUUGCACAGUGAUGGGUAUCAAGCAGGACACCCACUGGACAUAUUGCCGCUACCGUGAUGAGCACGGCGAGGAGCAUGCCAUCCGCUCGAGAUUCUUCGUCGGCGCGGAUGGGAAAACCGGCUUCACGAGGAAGAAUUACCUCGAGCCAUUGGGGAUUCGGAUGGAGCAAGCUCAUGACGCCUUCUACGACGAAACCUGGGUGGCCCUGAACUGGCAAAUCGACCUCCCAACUCCGAAAACACACCCCGACUUCCCCCUCUGGUCACUGGGGUACUCGCCGCAGGACGUAUACAACCUGUUCUUCCCCGUUCACUUCCGUUUCAUCUGCAAUCCAGAGCGGCCGGCGGUCUGCGGCCGCUUCGGUCUGCCCGCAGACAGGCUGUGGCGAUUCGAGUUUGUCGUUCGACCAGGCGAGGAUCCCGAUAUGAUGGCGACGGGCGAGAAGACGGCGGAGAUUAUUUUCCCGUAUAUUACGCAUAAGGGGGAAAGAUAUGGGUUGUCACAGGACGUCCAGUACCCCGAAGACUGCAUCCGCGUCCUCCGCUCUCGCCCCUUUCGCUUCGCAGCGCGCGUCUGCAACCGCUGGUCUCACGGCCGCGUCAUUCUAUGCGGAGACGCAGCGCACGUCUUUCCUCCCUUCGGUGGUCAAGGCAUCGCCUCCGGCUUCCGCGACGCCGCCUCGCUCGCCUGGCGCCUCGCCUUCCUCAGCCGCUUACGACCCGACCAGACCUCCUCAUCCUCCUCCUCGACCAACACCCAAAAUGAGCAAAGCCACACCCACAUCCUCCAUGCCUGGUGCACCGAACGCAAACAACAGCUCUCCGCGUCCCUCGCAUCCACAAUCGAAAACGGCCGCUUCGUCACCGAGGCGAAUCCGCUGCGGAUAUUACUGCGGAGUGUUUAUCUGUUCGUUGUGAAUCUUGUUCCGGGGUGGAGGAGGGAGAUGAGGUUGGGGAGGAGGAGGGAGGGACUUGGGAGGUAUGUAUAUCAGGGUAUGGAGGGGGAGGGGGCGGGGUACAGGGAGAGGGAGAGGGAAAGUGGGCGGGGAUUGGCGAUGCCGUUUAUGCCCGAGAUGGGUGGGGGGGUUUGUUUGCCGCAGGUAUAUUGUAAGUCUGUUGGGGGUUCGGGAAUGGACAGAGGUGGAGGAGGAAAGGGGAGUGUGUUCUUCACGGAUGAUGUCAUCUUUGGCGUCCACAAGAAGGGUCUCUUCCAGCUCCUCGUCUCUCUGGAUACGCUCUCCCGUCUCCAAGGCGCGAUGGAGAUGGUCGCCGACGUCAAGAGCGCACUAGUGGAGGGGAUAGAAGAUGAAGACAUUUGCCUCGGCGAGCCCACGUACCUAGUGCAAGACACUGGUCCUGGUACUCCCACCGGGAUGCCCUCUUCAGCAACGAUAUACCAACUCGCAAGCGCGGAGGAGUUUGCGGCCUCGCCGCUUUGCGAGGGGCGGCCGGCUCCGCAGGGGUAUGACCCUCUCUACCUCGCAAAGGCUGUGGGUAGCGGGAUGCGAUUUGUGAUUGUUCGUCCGGAUAGGUUUAUUUUCGCGUCGUGCACGGACAGCAAGGAGCUCGAGAGGGCUGUGAGGGCGGUUGUGGGGUACUUGCGUGGGUGCUGA